CACUCAGUACAUAUGUACAACGGACUGUUCCCGAGUGUUAGUCAUUUAUUUUCCAUCAGCCGACGUCCUCUGAGUUUUACCUGUAUUUCCAUUUUCUUUUUAAUUCGCGUUCCAAGGGAUUUACCAAAAUGGCACAAAUCGGACCGAAAAUUAAGUUCAAUAAUGGUAACGAGGCUCCUAUUUUCGGUCUAGGAACCUGGAAGUCGAAGCCGGGAGAAGUGACAGAAGCUGUAAAGUAUGCAAUAGAAAUUGGUUAUCGUCACAUCGAUGGCGCUCAUGUGUACGAGAACGAGAAGGAAGUCGGAGCUGGGAUAAAAGCAAAAAUCGACGAUGGAACUGUCAAACGAGAGGAUCUCUUCAUCGUCAGUAAAGUGUGGUGUACCUAUCACAAAUCCGACAGCGUGGAGAAAGCCCUGAAGAGAACCCUGAGUGACCUUGGACUUGAAUACUUGGACCUCUACCUGAUCCACUGGCCAUUUGGUUUCGAGGAGGAUGGGGCACUCUUCCCUACGAAUUCUGAUCAAUCAUUUAAAUUAUCAGAUGUUGAUUAUCUGGAGACCUGGAAGGGAAUGGAGAACGUUCUCCAGAAGGGGUUGACGAAGAACAUUGGUGUCAGUAAUUUUAAUUCAGAGCAGAUUGAGAGACUGCUGAAGAACUGCAAAGUUAAGCCUGUAACCAACCAAAUCGAGGUCCAUCCUUAUUUGACUCAGAAGGAACUAUCGAAAUUUUGUAACGAUCGUGGAAUUACUAUCACUGCUUACAGUCCCCUGGGCUCUCCAGACAGGCCCUGGGCUAAGCCCGAUGAUCCUAAACUCCUCGACGACGCGAAGCUCGUGGAAAUGAGCAAGAAAUACAAUAAAACACCUGCACAAGUCGUCAUUCGUUAUCAGCUCGACCGUGGAAACCUCGUGAUUCCCAAGUCAGUUACAAAGGCCCGCAUUCUCGAGAAUUCUCAAGUCUUUGAUUUUAAAUUGAGCCCCGAAGACAUUGCGUAUAUUGAUUCAUUCGACAUUGCCGGACGCAUCUGCACAAUGGCUGGGGCUAAAGCGAGUUCAUACUGGCCAUUCAAUAUUCCCUUCUAAUCCGUACAAUUUCCGAAAAAUAAUUGUGUCUUAAUCACCAAUUCUAUUUUUAUUUUGUUACUCCUAUAUUUCUGAUGUUUUUU